AUGUCCCAAGUCGACUCCUCGACCUCCCCGUCCGGGUGGCUGAACAUGGUCGACCCAACGUUCGUCCGAUGGGGCCUUCUAUGCUUUGGCAUCCUGCUGCUUCUGUGGAAGUUGUUGAGAUAUGGCAUGCGCCCAAAAGACUAUCCGCCAGGACCUCCAACCCUGCCUGUGGUUGGGAACCUACACGUUUUUCCCAAGACUGGGAUUCACAUCCAGUACGACAAGUGGAUCAAAGAAUAUGGUCCCGUCGUCUCGGUUCAGAUGGGUGGUCGCCCAUUGAUUUUACUGGGAACGGCUACGGCAGUGUCAGAUCUGCUCGAAAAGCGCGGCGCCAUCUACUCGAGUCGGUGGCCUACCUUCUUCAGCCAUUGUGGAGGCGGAAAUAACAUUGCUCUUAGACCGAACGACGAUGGCUGGAGACGACAGCGGAAGAUCUACCAUGUCAGACUCAAUGCCAAAUUAUCCAACAACUAUCUCCCAUACCAGUCAUUCGAGACUUCGAAGCUUCUUUUCGACAUUCUCGAGAACCCCUCAGGCUUCCGAAAGCAUUUCGAGCGAUUCACUAUCAGUAUCGGCUGCACGAUUGCCUUCGGUAGGAGGAUUGACUCAUUCGAGUCCCCUCUCAUGAAAGCGCUGAUGGAACUUUUCCACCGAUCACUCCAGGCCAGCAAACACUAUCAAUUGUUCGAUUUCUUUGGUAUCACUAGAUAUAUUGUUCACCAUAUUCCGGAACGUUUUAGCUCCGUCAAAGCUGAAAUAGAAGAUAUGUGGAGGGGCCAGUACAACCUCUGGGACCAGAUGGUGGCAACUGCGAAACAACAAAUCGCGGACGGAAAAUUCUUCCCAAGUUUCACUCGAGACAUGCUCACCCAGAGUGGUGGUAGUCCCAAAGGAGAGCUUAGCCCCAGGGAAAUUGCAGCCAAUGCUGGUGACGCCUGGAUGGCAGCCACCGACACGCAAUCAAACUCACUGUUGAGCUUUAUCAAGGCCAUGGUCCUUUACCCCGACGUCCAAGAACGCGCAAGCCGCGAGAUUGAUACCAAGAUCGGCGCCGACAAGCUUCCAGGAUGGGAAGACCGACUGGAGCUCCCAUAUAUGCGAGGGUGCAUGGAAGAGACACUGCGAUGGGCACCGACAACUUUGACGGGAGGACCUAUGCCGCACAUGUUGACCAAGGAUGACUACUACAUGGGAUAUCGUCUUCCUGCAGGUGCUGGAGUAGUCAACUGCGUCUGGACAGUCAAUAACAACCCCGAGCGAUUUCCGAAUCCGCGAGAGUUUGACCCUUUGCGGUUCGAAGAAUCAGGCACAGCAAUCGAAGGAUUCAGCGUCAUCAACGACUACAGCAAGAGGCCGCAUGUCACAUUCGGUGCAGGUCGGCGCAUCUGCCCUGGCUCGCAUGUGGCGGAAAGAACUGUCUUCAUCGCAAUGUGUCGACUCCUCUGGGCCUUCGAGUUUCAUCCAAAGUUGGAUGCGAGCGGAAAGCCGAUCCCAAUCGACAGAGAUGCAUUUGAACCUGGCCUAGUCGCAGGGCCAGCACCGUUCGAUUGCAUUAUCAAGCCUCGCAGUCAGGAGAAAGCCCAGAAGAUCCAAGAUAUAUGGAAGAAGGCUCAGGAGAGCUUGGAUGAGGAAGGCAACUACACGGAGGAGUUCUUUCUAAAGAACUGGACCGCCGACAAGGGGCCCAUGGUAAAGCAAGAAUGA